GUCGGGUAGCAGUAAAAGAAACAGAGCGCUGGCGACGACGAACGAACGGGAGAGUUCCGUAGAAGAAGAAAGAUUGAUUUAACUUAGCUGACGAGUGGUGUGUAAAAUUUCGCAAAAAUAGGGUUGAAAUUUAGUGAAUUUGGACCUGGAAGUAGUCGAAAAGAGUGGCGAAAGGUUAUCUGCAGUGGAUGCGCUAGUUUUCCGGUUGCCAUGGGCCGGGUCCAGGCCGGAAAAAGCGUUUUCCCCUGAGGAGGAAAAUGUUCCAGAGGAACCUGACGUCAAGCUGUAGCAGCAUCAGCCUCUUUUCUUGGUCGUCUUGGUUUUCGUCGCAGUCGUCGUUGUCGUAGUUGUCGACGUCGUUGUUCUCGAAAGAUUCAACUAAACACCGGCUUCAAAAUGACUCGAAAAUUUUAGAAUAAACAGUAAAAGUUCAAUGGGACAUUAAAGUUUAGGGAAAGAGUGAAGUCCAAUCUUCCAGUAGUGUAUUGAUCAGUGUUUUAUCCUAUAUACGUAAAAGUUGUGUGACUGAUUUUAAACGUAAAGUUAAAGAAAGAAUAUCUCGCAAUGUAUUCCAUGGACGAUAAAAAUUCAACCGGAAGUGGCGGGGGAGGUAGCAAUAGUGGAGGUGGUGGGGGAGGAGGGGAAACGAAGGUCAUCUAUCACAUCGACGACGAAUCAACACCAUACCUGGUGAAGAUUCCGCUUCCGUCCUCACAGGUCACCCUGAAGGACUUCAAGCUGGUGCUGAACAAACAGAACAUGAACUACAAAUACUUCUUCAAAUCGAUGGACGCGGACUUCGGGGUGGUGAAGGAGGAAAUUGCCGACGAGUGCACAAUUCUGCCCUGCUUCAAUGGAAAGGUUGUGUCCUGGCUGGUGACGGCCGAUGGAUCCAAUCAAUCCGAUUGUUCCGAGAUGCAGCCUACGGAGAUGAUCGACGGUAGACCGACCCUUGCUCAGCUUCGAACCAUGAACAAACCUAUGAAUAACAUGAUGAACAUCCCGAUGAAUCCUCUGACCUACCAGUCGGCGUCGGUCGUUUCGAGCGAUCUGGAUUCGACCAGCCUCUUCGAGACGGAGAGCGAAAUCACCCUAGAUAGAGAUAUGACUGAAUGUAGCAGCGUACAACGAUUACAGCAUUCCUAUUUGCAGGUACGGAAAAAGCCACAACGACGCAAGAAGCGAGCCCCCACCAUGUCCCGAACAUCCUCGUACAGUUCCAUCACAGACUCCACCAUGUCCCUGAACAUCAUCACGGUUCAGAUCAACAUGGAUACGGUCAACUUCCUGGGGAUAUCGAUCGUAGGACAGUCGAAUCGGGGAGGUGAUGGAGGAAUCUACGUGGGCAGUAUAAUGAAGGGCGGCGCGGUGGCACUGGAUGGACGCAUCGAACCCGGUGAUAUGAUUCUUCAGGUGAACGACGUGAACUUUGAGAACAUGACCAAUGACGAGGCCGUUCGAGUGCUACGGGAGGUGGUUCAGAAACCGGGCCCCAUUAAACUAGUUGUAGCCAAAUGCUGGGAUCCCAACCCCAAGGGAUACUUCACGAUUCCUCGCACCGAACCCGUUCGACCAAUCGAUCCGGGAGCAUGGGUUGCCCACACCGCAGCCCUCCGUUCCCAGGACACCAUCAAUACCGAGCUUCCAGAGUCCGUCAUCGAAAGGCUACACAUAGACAUGGACAUGAAGGACAUCGUACGUGCAAUGACCAAACCCGACAGUGGUCUCGAGAUUCGAGAUCGGAUGUGGCUGAAGAUCACCAUUCCGAACGCGUUCAUCGGUGCCGAUGUCGUUAGUUGGAUCCUGGAGAAUGUGGACGGUAUCGGAGAUCGGCGGGAUGCUCGCAAGUACGUUUCGCUGAUGCUGAGGAGAGGUUACAUCAAGCACACCGUCAACAAGCUCACCUUCUCAGAACAGUGCUACUACGUCAUUGGGAACGGCAUCCGGCAGGACAUCUCCAACAUGUCCCUGGACGAUACGGAAAGCAUGCUCAGCGAUAUCGCCCCACUGCCAAACCCGCCCAUCUACAUGACCUAUUCGGGCAAUUACAACCCGUCGCUUGGCUACCAACCGAUCCAGUAUGGCUGCACCGGAGAGCGGCAUCCGUCGUCCGGCUCUAGCAGCUCGGACAUCUUGACCAGCAAGGACACCUCGGCUUCGCAGAGUGACAUCGCGGCCGUGAUCCAGCAGACGGGCCAGAUGACCCUGGCCAAUGCGUCCAACAAGUCGUCCGGAUCCUCGAACCGCGGUAAUGAGCAAGAUAUGUCAGAGUUUAAGUUUGGUGGUGGCCGCGGCGGUGGUACCAUCGGAUCCGGCGGCGGCGGCAACGGACUCGGCAAGCUGCAGUACCCGGCGGCUCCGGGACAGCUCCAACAACACCAGAUGAACCUUCAGCAGCUUCGCGGUGAAACGAUGAACAACAGUGCCAACGACGACGAGGGCUACGAGGAGAGCCUGUACUUCCAGCCGGUUAUGACCACCCAGCAGACCCUGAGCAGCCGGGCUGCCCUCGGGAAGAAGCAACAGCAGCAGCAGCAGCUGGACCAACAACAAUUGGCACCGAUCUACUACAACAGCAAGUAGGUAUGUACUGUAGGCUGGGAUGGGUUUCCUGAGGUCAUGACCUUACGGCUUCGGGAGGUAGUUUCUGGUUGAGUUUUGUUUUGCUUAGAGAGGGGUGACACUAGGGAAAUGAGGGGUUGGGUGGAUCGUACUAGGGGCUAAGAACGAACACUGUUAUAUUGAAUCGCUUCUCGAGCAAACAGUUUUUACUGGAAAGUGAUCGAAAAAAAAAAUCAUUUCAGCCUGUUUAAUGCUCUUUUGCUGUAUAUUUUUGUUCUAAACAGCCUUAUCUAUGUUGCAAGUAUUGCUAAUGUUAAAUGAAACACGCGAUUAAAACGUUAAAAAAUGACGGGAUUAUGCUUUGCAAGUCUCAAAUGUCAAUUUUAUUGACUUCUAUUCAACUGGCGGUGUCUCCUGGUUGUGUUUGAGAACAGAGAGUUAAUGAGCAGAAAAAGAGAGAGACGAGAAAGCUCGGAAAAACCUAUCGGGUAGGCCGUAGAUGGUGUGUUCGUUGACAUUCGCAAUUAUCUGCUACACAUCUCCCCUCUACACAAAAAAAUUAAAAACAGAAACAAAAGCUUUUGGUUGCAAGAUUCCAAGCUGGAACAUGCAAAGACACGGGUAUAUGGUUUUUUCUUUAAUGCCUUGGCUAAGGCAUAUUCCACAAACAUCAUGGGUGGAGGUGUCAGCGGACAAAAUCGAAAUCCCACGUUGUGUCUUCCAUACUCAAUGUCCCUUUCGAUAGAGCAAAGAAAAAUGACGUGGCAAUCGGCAUAUUUUGCGUCGAUAACCCUGCGAGAGCGGUAUCUUUCAGGAAUCUGCAAAACGGCCAUGACGGUUGCAAAUGGGUAAGCUCGAAGUGAAAAAUUUCCAUUGAGGGAAGAAAGCUGGGGCGUUCUCAGAAUGGGGCACAAAUUUUUCCUUCGCGAUCAAGCUGUCUGGAACUAUGCAGAGCUCCUGACCGGCUGGUCCCACUUCUUUUAUAUAAAAUAGCACUGUUAUAUAAACUGGACAAACAUCCGUGGCAACAAUUCUGGCACAAGAGUGCCAGGCGAAAAAUAUUUGGGAGUAAAAUCCAAUGGAGGGCUAAUGAAUUUAGGUGUUUGAUCGACAAACACUAGAUAUUACAGGGUCCGGCAAUUGAAGUGCUACAUUGAAAUAAACAUAUAAAUUGAUCAAAAUAACAACUUUUUAUAUAUAAUUCGUUCAAUUCUCUUGAAAACAAAUUACUUUUUCAAAAUUCACUGGUAAAGUUCGACUUGUUCGCCCUUGAGUUUAACCACUCGCCACAGACAGUCGAGGAACGCAUGGUAUGAGGCUCGCAUUUGCUUUUGUGGUAUUAUAUCACAGGCUGCACGAGAUGUCGCUUCAGGAUCUCCACACCUUCAUGUUUCUUAGAGACUUCAGCCUCCAACAUACUCCCAACAGCGAAGUCCAUAGGGUUCAGGUCUGGCGAACUCGCCGGCCACUCGGAGCUCGAAAUGAACCCUGGAAAAUGUUGCGCAAUCCAAAGUUGGGUUUUCUUCGCUUUGUGAGCCGGCGCCGAGUCCUGUUGGAAAACCCAAUCCCUGGAACCAAAAUGUCGACGUGCCCAAGGUUCGACGACAUUCUGUAGAACUAGUUCCCGAUAUGUAUUUUGGUUGAUCUUCACUCCUUCAGGGACAAAAACCAGCAGAGUCCGGCCAUCACGGGUGAUUUCGGCCAAACCAUCACCGAUGCUGGUUUCUGUCGCCUGGUGGCCAUCAGCAAGUCAGCAUGGCUUCGUGAUCUGUCUGCCAACUAACUCUGUUGUUCUGCUUAUUCACGAACCGUACAGCAGGGUUAAGAGUUUCUCGUCGGUAAACACGAUAUUCUUCAACAUUCCUUCCGCGGCCCUCUUCAGCAGCGCCUUCGCUCUUUUUACCCGUUCUUGUUUCUGCUUCACCGUAAGGUCUAGAACCUUUUUGAUCUUGUUUACCUUUCAGGAUCCGACGGAGACUUUGAUCCGAUAUGUUGAGAUCCUCUGCCAACACGACGAGGAUUUCUCUUAAGGCGCUUCUUGACGAUCUUAGCCAUGGCAGGUGUCACCACAGUAGGUCGGCGUCCCCCACCAUACCGUUUAUUGGCACUUCCGGUCUCCAGAUAUCUUUUGACUGUACGGUAUACAAAACUUCUGCACACACUUAUAUCGGACAGCUCACGAAUUAUGUCCUUCUGCCAUUUGCCAUAUAGGAACAAGUCAACCACAUCGCUACGUUUCUGGUCGAGAUCAAUUUUUCCGGAUAAUAUCUGACUACAAAAGUAACACUUACAUCCAAUGAUAGCUAAGACUUAAUGUAAACAAAGCGACGAGGAGUCGUUCAAUACUGUUUCGUGUGCAACGAAAUAAUUACUGUUGAAGUAAUGUAGCAGUUCAAUUGCCGGACACUGUAUUCCUCAGACCAACCUGUCGGAACAGACGCGUUGGAAAUCUUUUCCGGGGCUUCAAAGCUUCAUUUUCAAAGCUGUGAGAGCUUCGUAAUCCAAAAAUCGAUUCAUGGGUGUUGGAGAGUUCUAAUUUUGUUCUUCCAGAGUGUAACCAACGGGCUAGCCUGCUGCUUAGUCGAGCAAGAACCUCCCCUCUAGGCCUCAGGGACGCGACUUUAUUUUCCGUAGUACUUUAAGGUCGCGACACUGUUUUUUUGGUCCUACCUUAUAAGCUAACGUACUGUGUGCAACAAAUACUGUUUUUUCAUUAAUAACUUUUUUCUUCACCUGCCGAUUGCUUUCUUACUUUCUUAAAGCCUUAAUCAAGUCAAUACCUUGGUCAAAACGGCGGUUUGGUGUGGCAUUUAGGCGGUGGUGGGCUAGGUGGAGGGGCGAGAACGAAAAAGUUUAUUUUUGCAAAGUAGGUUACUUUUUCCCGUAUUCCGUCCUUACUCGGGACAGGCGGAGAUGAUUUUCAUUUCUGGACAAACGGUGGGACGUCAUUCUCUCGAGGCGCAAAUUGUGGUGGGCUUCUCUGCUUGUCAGGAGUUUGUGGGUAAACAUUAGAGUUUGGAACUCCUGGGCACCUGAAGACAAUCUUGAGGACACGGUUUUGCAUGGUUUGCAGUUCCCUAAGGCGGCUUAUAUAUGCUUUGCCCCACAGCGAUAUUAGGUAUUGUAACUGUGCAAUAGCUAAUUAACUACGAGAAAUCACCCGAAUCACGAGACCACAAUACACCGCGUACACAUGACUAGCUCGUUCAACUGCUGACAUACGAAACGAGGAGGCGACGCUGACGAGAGAGACAAGAAGCAAACGUCAGAAUGUAUUUGCACGCGCCACUCACGGUUAUUGCGAUCUAUGCAGUAUAUGUCUGCUGUUAACUCGUGCAUCGCACAGUAACCUCGAGAGAAACAGCGCAAAAUAAACGUUUUUCAGCCAGUGAGUAGGAAUAAACGCUGAUAUUUUCCAUAUUGCACCACAGACCGCAGCGAGUGUUCUUUUCAGUUGCUCUAUAUGGGCUGACCAGAAGUAAUCCCAAAUAUUUGAACUGGCGCACUCGUUCAAUUAUCUUAUUGCCUACUCGGAUUAAUGGCAGCAGUGGUAUGGAGCGACGACCGGAGCUGAACAACAUGUACGAAGUAUUUGAUAGGUUCAGCGAAAGCAGGUUACAUUCGAAGUAUUGCUGAAGGACUUGCAGGUCGUUACCAAUCCAUUCCAUUAUCUGGAGGGGGUUGGAGUGACUAUAUGAGAUCAUGGUGUCAUCGGAUAAGAGCCGAACUUUGCCAAGUAGGUUUAUUUGUGGAAGAACGUUGAUAAAAACUAGUAACAUUAGCGGCCCUAGGUUACUUUCUUGUGGUACUCCCGUUGUAAUGAUUUUUUUGCCAUUUGAGUAUCCUUUCAGAGGCACGAAUUGCUGUCGAUCUGUUAUGUAGCUUUCAAUUAACCGAUGAGGUUGACCUCGUACACCAUACCAUUCCAAUUUUUGCUACAGAAAAGCGUGGUUUAUUGUGUCGAAUGCUUUUCUCAGGUCCAAAAACAGGGCACCAGCGUAGUUACGAUUGUCCAGGU